UCUUCUCUCUUCUUCUUCUCGGGCCGUUGGCCUUCACAAAGUUAGAACGGUGGAAAAUGUACAGCUUCUUGGCCAGCCUUGAGCGAGGGAAGUCGAUGCCCGAGUCCGUUUCCGCCAAGUCCUAGCUGCCGUCUGGAAGUUUCCCGGCCGGGAUUUUCUAUAAACAAUCUCGAUGAUUUGGUUAUAGGCGCGGGCGCACGCGAAGCAAGCUUUCUCUCUCUCUACUCCCCGCCAAAACCACGUGGCGCAUCGUAAUUGUAAAGCCUGGCCUAGCGUAGCGUAGGACUCCCCCACAACUCAACUACUUCAUCUUGCUCUUCCAACUGCAACCAGAGUUGACGAGAAUUUAGGAGGAAGCUCCCCUUCCGAAUGUGGUUCCCUCCAAUUUAGUCUCUUUUCUUUCUGUUGCUCUCUGUAGUUCUUUUCCACCUAAACAACAUGAAUUAAAGAUUUAAUGUCUCCUCCAAUAUCUUCGUCAUCGUCAUCAUCAUCGUCAACAACAGCAACAACUAGUCGAGCGACAACGUUUCAAGGAACUGAUUCGAUUUAUCCACUCACGCACACUGCUCCGAGAUGCAUCUUUAAAUUCAAGAUGCGAAUUUCAAAGAGGCCGUUUUCAAUUUGCCUGUCUAUUCUCUCGCUUGAUCUCUCUCCUCCUUUCGCCUCCGGAAUUGGAUUUAAUUCGGGAGUUCUUGGUUCUCGUCUCAUUUCUGGAGUCGACUGUCCAUCUCUAAGGAGGCGAAGAGGGAUAUUCAACUUAGGAGGGUUUAAUCGAUUUCAUACAAAUAAUAUAAUGGAUGGGAUGACAUCACAGUAUCAACAUCCCAUUUCUAAUGAUGCUGCUCAGGAUCGAUGUAUUUGGUCAUCUCAUGAAGGGGGGCACAAAAUUGAUAUAGGAAAACAGAUCUUUUGCAACAGAUCUUUAAACAUGAAAAAUAUUGUUGCAGUUGGGUUUGAUAUGGAUUACACUUUAGCACAGUACAUGCCUGAAACGUUUGAAUCCCUUGCAUACAAUGGCACAACUAGAAAGCUGGUUUAUGAUCUGGGAUACCCUCCAGAGUUACUGGAGUGGUCAUUUGAUUGGAAAUACAUGGUCAGGGGUUUGGUUCUUGAUAAGAAGAGAGGCAACAUCUUAAAGAUGGAUCGGCACAAAUAUGUGAAAGUAGCCUAUCAUGGCUUUAGAGAGAUGUCUAAGGAAGACAAAAUUGCAACUUAUGGAAACACAUUGUUACGAGAUUCAUUUGAUGAGCCUGAUUAUGCUCUUAUUGAUACUCUUUUCUCACUAGCAGAAGCUUACCUAUUUGCCCAACUUGUUGACUUCAAGGACAAUAAUCCUGGAAAAGUACCAAAUAAUGCUGACUACUCUCGGAUGUAUAAAGAUGUUCGAGCUGCAGUUGACUUGUGCCAUCGUGAUGGAACUUUGAAGCAAAUGGUUGCAAAAGAUCCUAAAAAGUACAUAAAUGAGGAUCCUUCAAUAGUUCCUAUGAUUAAAAUGCUUAGAGAUUCUGGUCGUGCCACAUUCCUGGUGACAAACAGAUAUCUUUUGCAGGGAAUGUACCAAUCAGGGAGGAGGAGGAGGCACAAUCAAAGAACAACACACAAGAAAAGAAUCCAGAAUGGUUUAUGGGACUACACAAAUGUUGUGAUGAAUUUCCUCUGUGGGAAUCAAACUACAGAUGGUAUUCAUUCUUGCAAUUAUAGUUGGCUUGAAAAUUUUGAUGUUGUUAUCACUGGCAGCUCAAAGCCAAGCUUUUUCCAUGAAGAUAACCGUGCAAAUCUAUUUGAGGUUGAACCAGAGUCCGGAAUGCUACUUAAUACAGAUAAUGGAACUCCAGUACCCCAGAUUGGAAACUCAUCACCAAGAUUACCAUCUAAAGAAUCAAAAAAGGCUUGUAGAGUUUUCCAGGGAGGAAGUGUUGGCCAUCUUCAUAAACUACUUUCAAUUGAAGCAAGUUCACAGGUCCUUUACAUUGGGGAUCACAUAUAUGGAGAUAUUUUACGCAGUAAAAAAGUUUUAGGUUGGAGAACAAUGCUUGUUGUUCCAGAGCUGGAAAGGGAGGUGGAACUCCUUUGGGAGUCCAGGGAGACUCGUAAGCAACUUCGGUUGUUGAGGAAAGAGCGCGAUCUUGUUGAAGACAAAAUACAUCAUCUAAAGUGGUCUCUCAAAUUCAAAGAUGUGAGUGUUGAUGAAAAGCAGAAUUUUUUGUCUGAACUGGAGGAAUUGGAGUCUCAAAGGGAGGAAGUUCGUCUUCGCCAUCAACAGGCUCAGCGAAGUUUUCACCAAUGGUUUCACAAGGUCUGGGGACAACUCAUGAAGACUGGCUACCAGAACUCUCGCUUUGCACAUCAGGUGGAGAGGUUUGCAUGUCUUUACACUAGCCAAGUGACCAACUUGAGUUUGUACUCUCCAGACAAAUACUACAGACCCAGUGAAGAUUUUAUGCCACAUGAAUUUGACAUUCUUACGGUGUGAAUAAUUUUGUCCAUUUUGAAAGUUUGGUUAAUCAUUUUCAGAUGGUGUCUUGUAAUUCAUGUACUCUGACAUUGUACAUCAAUGUCUUGCCGAACAAAAUGUGCAAGAAAUUCAUUGAACUUAUCAUGAAAAUGUGUUUCACGCUUUACAUAUAAAGCAGCCUUAUGAGCACUAGUUGCAUA